GAAACUGGCCUGCGCAUGCUCACUGCGGGGGGCUUAGGUCGGCGCAGGCUCGCGCAGCUCGCUGAGGCACCAGUCGGGGCGAUAGCAACGGAAAGCUUCUCCUCAUUAGAUACAACGCGGCAGCGGAGAGAGAGAGUCUGAGCACUUCGGUCUUUCUCUGACGUGGUCCAGCACAAACUGAUUUGAGAAGUUUACGCUAAACAAAUAUCCAGCACAGGAGGGCAGGAUGGCGGUGAAUGUCUACUCCACCUCUAUGACCAUAGAGAACCUGAGUCGUCAUGACAUGUUGGCUUGGGUCAACGACUCUUUACAACUCACCUACACAAAGAUCGAGCAGCUCUGUACAGGUGCUGCCUACUGCCAGUUCAUGGACAUGCUGUUUCCAGGCUGCAUAUUGUUGAAGAAAGUCAAGUUUAAUGCAAAAUUGGAGCAUGAAUAUAUUCACAAUUUCAAGGUCUUACAGGCUGCGUUCAAGAGAAUGAAUGUGGAUAAGAUAAUUUCUGUGGAGAGGUUGGUGAAGGGGAAGUUUCAGGACAACUUUGAGUUCCUUCAGUGGUUUAAGAAGUUUUUUGAUGCCAACUAUGACGGGAAGGAAUACGACCCUCUACUGAUGCGGCAGGGCCAGGAGGGAACGCCGCCUCCGCCAAACCCAGGUCCCAUGAGAACAUCUCCCACAGGGCUGAAGGCUGUCCCCACUCCACAGAGGCAAAUCAGCGCUCCUACGACCCGUAGGAACAAUCCUGUGACCCGUAAUGGGGGAGACACUGAGCUCAUGGAGCUCAAUCAGCAGCUUCUGGAUCUGAAAAUGACUAUAGACGGACUGGAGAAGGAAAGGGACUUCUACUUUGGGAAGCUGAGGGACAUUGAACUCAUAUGCCAGGAAAAUGAAAAUGACAACAGCCCAGUCGUCAGCAAAAUCAUAGAUAUACUGUACGCUACAGAGGAGGGAUUUGCGCCACCAGAAGAUGAAGACAUCGAUGAAGCACAGGGAGAUCAGGACGAGACCUGAACUCAUCCUUUUUCUUUUUAUUUCCAUCAGUUUCUUCCUCUCCCAUUACUCACCUUUUAACCUGAUUGUUAUUCUUUCCCCUCUUUCUUCCCAUUUAUUUUACUUUUUACAAUCUACCCUGACUUUUCCCAUCUUGUCUGUGGCUGUCCAUAGUCAUAACAUCAUUGCACAGCCUAGCUUCCCAGACUCUGGCUAGCAGGAGACACUUACCAUGGACUGGACUACAGCCCAGCUGCUUGGCUUGGGUUACUUAUUCUAGCCUGAACGGACAGCUGCAGCUCAGGGUGAGCUCAGUGUGCUGGUCUGCCACAAAUUUAAGGAUGCCAACACUGAGAUAACAGUGAUAGUGAUGAGCAAUGCUAUCCACCAGUCAGUACUCACACUCAUUCAGACCCCCACCAGCAUCAGGGUUCACUUCACAGUUCAAAGAUACUCUGGCUGGAACAUUCACAUGGUGAGAUUUUAAAUGUUUGUGACAGAGUCCUGCAUGUGCAUACAUUUGAUGUAUGCAUUUUAGGAAACAUGAACAUAGACAUUUGAUGGUCCACAGACAUAUCACAGGCUUUGAAGUGCUCAUGCUCAUGCGUUAAAAGUCCUCAUUCAGAUCAUUCCAAAGUAAAAACGCGUCACAGGAUACAUUAUCAUUCAUCAGAUUGUUCCACUGGGGAGGUUUGCUUUUUGUCCAGACAGCUUGUUUAUGAGACAGCAUGGUGUAUUUAUAUUUUUUUAAUUUAUUUAUUUCUUAUUAAUCUGCUCUGUUCUGGGAAAAAUAAGUUUUAGACUUGGUGAAAACAAAGAACUUGCACUAAAUGUAGCAAAACAAACUGAAUUGAUCCAGAUGCCAACGUGCAGUGACUGGUUUCUGCCAGGAAGACACAGGAAGAUGCAAUUUUAUAUUUUGUAAAUUUGUUUUAAAGAGGUUGUUUUUAUUGACAUUGAAUUCCUCAAAGGCCGAGUCAGAGGCGUCAGUGUGAAACUAUUUCUUCGACAAAAUUCUAUGAAUGAAAAAACAUAUAAUGUUAGAUGAAACUAAACACUAACGUUGGACUGUGAGUUGAGUUGGACAUUUUAGCUGCUAUUCUUACUCUUCUGUUGCCGUAUUUUAUUGACUUCUGUUGCAUAGCGUUAAAACGCCACAGCUGCCAAGGAGCUAUAGGCUUGUUUCAUGACACGAAAAUCACCUGAAGGUCACUUCAGCUAUGUGGUAAACUUAGUUACUGCUGGAAUGAAAUAAAGCUCUGCGGUACCAAG